AUGACAACGCAAAUCAUAGCUACACUUCAAAUCAUAUUCACAAAAAAUCCGCCCGAGGCUGAUGUUGUGGAAGCAGCCGAGAAGGCUAUUCAAUUGAAGCAUGACCCGGUCAACAAUCAGCUUGUUACCGAAGCGCCCACUGUUAGACACAAACGGUUCAAUGGAUUCGUAGACGGUGAUAGUAGACCAAAGUCAAUCGUGUUCAUGCGGUUAACUGAAGAACAACGCGAGCGAGAUUCAAAGAGGAUGAUGCGAUAUAUUAUUGACACCAAACACUUGGCGUUUUCGCACUCAAAGCUUCAGAUACUCUCGGAAUGGUCCAAAGACGUCCUUUCACUGAUUUGGGUAAUCGACCCGACGUUUACUGAAUACAAACUUAACGACACCUCUUUGUAUCAUGAGGCGGGAUAUGACGCUUAUGUAACCAGAUUUAUAUUUGCUCACUUGGUUGCUUUUAUGCUUCAUGAAAACGAGGAAGAGAAGAGAAACGCAUACUCUUGCCUGGAUGAUGUCCCUGAAGGCGACAUUCCAGUAAAGAAGAAAGUAGAUGAUGAACCUGUCGAGGAACAGGAUGAAAAUAAUAUGGAUUCUGAAGAGAAAAAGUUUAUAGAUUUAAUGUGGACUUCUCCAAAAGUCAUUGGAUACUAUAAUAAAUUACAUUUGAUGCGAUCGGAUUUCAAAUACCUUAAUCUGACUGAUAGUUUAUGGAAGGCAAGAAGAGAGCAAAGAAAGCACAAGAAAGUGGGGAUGGGAGAAAUUACAAUCGUUUCGUGGGAAGAAUGGAUCAGAGAUAUUGUUUGGGAAGAUGUAGACCAAAAACAAGCGGAGAAAGAGAAUGAGGAUAGCGAGGAAGAAAAUGGGGAAGGUAGUGAUAAAGAGCUCGAUGAAACAAUAUCAACUAUUUCAAGCACCAAAUCCGAGCAAGAGCGUCCGCACUCUGCAGCCUCAUCUUGUUCUAUCAAAUCAUUAUUGUCGAAUUUAGACAAUAUGGCAUGGCCACUGCCGGCAGAUAGGCUUCCGUUCCCAACGAAAGACGGUGAGGCUACCCAUUCGGCUGAGGUUAAUAGUUAUGCGGAAGAAACCUGGGCCAGGUCGGGAUCGAGGGCAAUGGCAGCGCCAACAAUGACAAUUUAA